GAAGUGAAAAUUCGAGGAUAUUUUGGAUGAAUGGCGGUAACUCAGCUUUUUUUUAUUUAUACGCAUCACGGAAUAGUUUACGUCCGUACAAGCUUUGCAAAUAGGUUGUCAGAAGGGGAACAGCCUUUAGUGUUUGUUCCUGGAGUUGAUGGAGGACUGAAGAGUCAGACACCUUUAAGUCUGGGGGCAGAUAGGAUUUGUGCAUCCAGUAAAAAAGGCACCAAGAUCCGAGUGAAGCACGCUUCUAAUGGCAAAAAUCAAGCUUCACAGAAGACAACGCAGAGAAAAGAAGACCACUUUCAAAGUGAUUACUCUGGAUGUUAUACUAGAGAGGAAGUGUUAGUGGAUAGAAGGGACACCGUGUCCACCAUGCAUACUCUCCCUCAGCCCAGUGAUACCUUCCUUCCCUUGCCACAGAUGAGCAGCAGAGCAAAGAGCGACAUCUCUUUGAAAGACCUGUGUUUUGAAGACAAAAGGAGAAUUGCAAACCUCAUUGAAGAGCUAGCCAGAGCUAGUGAGGAGAAAGAGGAGUCUGUGCAGCGUCUGAAAGAUGAACAGGAAAACUUUGAACGUAAGAUUCAGGAGCUAGAGCAACAGAACCUGAUGAUAGCAAAGGAAAGAGAAAGGCUACAGCAACAGUACAAAGAGUGCCAGGAGCUGCUUGGCCUCUACCAACAAUACCUUUCUCAGCAACAGGCCAAACUAAACCAGUCCAUUGCACAGCUCAGUCAGCAAACAACUUGCAAUAAGGUGCUCGGUUCUGAGGAAGCUCCCAGCAGGACCUCUACAAGCAGGGCUAAUGGCUCACUCAUUGAUGGCUCGUACCUCGGCCUAGCUGCUGCUGGAGCGCAGCAGGCUCAGGUGUGUAGGGGUGGUAAUGCAAGAAGAGGUGCUGUAGAAAUGUUGAGGAACCCUGCCUCUCUUUUCUGUGACAACAAGUUGAGUCCAAACGACGGGGCAACCAAACAGCACAUGAGUCAGAAAAGAGACUGCAGGCAACCACGCAUAGCAUAUGUGUGUGAGCGCUGCCAAGGCAGUUGUCAUGACACUGGCUAUGGUACACAGCAAUGGAGAAGUGAAAGCAGCUCCUGUCCGGUGAACUGUCAUGAUGACACCUUUACUCGGAGGGAGCAUCAAAGGCUGCAGACUGGGAAUAUGAUCACUGCAGAAGCAAAGGAAGCCCUGACCAGGUCUCUGCUGGGUGACAAGGACUGGGAGGAGAAGCGGCACCAGUUGCUGUUGCAGAAGAUGCAGUUGGAGAUGGAGAGAGAGAAGCUGCAGGCACGGCUGGCUGAGCAGGAGGAGCGGCUCGGCAGACAGACAGAGCAGCUUCGACAGUCACGACUUCAUCACAGCAGUCAGGCUCAGCUCAGCAACUCAAACACGCAGAUUGCAGGGUCAGAGCCAGAGGGUCCUUCCCAUCGAGAUGUGCCCUCCAGGUCUGAUGAGGGUGUGAAGAUUCCUUCUGAGGCUAAACCUGCUCCAUCUGCCAAUGGAAUGGCAAAUCCCUUAGAACGGUCCCGUAGUGACAUGGCCGCAUCUCCAUCAAAGACCCCUACAGGUCAAAGUUUCCCUACCUCAGUUUCUGCAGUCCAAAACACCCCUGAAGCCAGGCUGGACUAUUCUUUGGGUGAGGUAUUGGAUAUCUUUAGUCCCAUCUCUGCCCCAAAGCAGUACAAGCCUGCUGUUCGAAGACCCAAAACGUUGCAACGGAGUUCGACCCUCGCUGGCCCCAAAUCCGGAGGAAGAAACCUGCUUACUCCUGGUGGGAACUCUCUGAGUGUUCAGCAGGACCUGGAGGAAAGCCAGAUACUGGAUGAUAUAUUUUUUAUUUGCUAACAAAAAGAAAAGUGAGUUGCUUGAUAUUCACUGUUUUAAUGGUGCCUUUUUAUUGUCUUCAGUACUUUUGAAAUAAGGAUAAAUUAGAUUUUUGUUGAUUGUGUACCUAUUGGCUACUAUGUUUUUUCCAUACAAAUAAAUGUAUAUUUAUUCUGAAUUCCUUCUCUUUGUACGUGAAAUCAUGCUUUACCCCAGGAAUGUUUUAGCACUGAGCUGCAUUUAUUGCUUCUGAAGACCUUGGCAAUGUAAAUGCAAACUGAAUCUCAUGACUCACAAUUGUCCAUUCUGAAUCUGACUCAAUGUAUUAUGCAUAAAUCUGCAGCCUCAGUAAAUCCCUGGAAUAUAA